AUGGAUUCCCGUGAUAGUGAUGGGGUGCUCGUCCGACAACCGCCAGGUACGAUCAGCGAUCGUGGCGCCCGAUUUACGGUCGGGACUAGGGAGACAGCAAGGACGUCACCCUUUGAUAUUAUUUUGACGACUCGAGGGUUUUUGGUUCGUGAGCGAAGAGUAGCUGCCGCUGGUC